AUGUCUUGCUGCAGACCCUGUCCCCCACGGCCCUGCGGCCCCUGUGGCCCAACGCCCCUUGCCAGCAGCUGCAGUGAGCCCUGCCUCGCCCGCUGCGCUGACUCCACGGUGUACAUCGAGCCUUCGCCAGUGGUGGUGACCAUGCCGGGCCCCAUCCUCACCUCUUUCCCUCAGAGCACAGCCGUGGGAUCCUCUCUGUCAGCUGCUGUGGGCAGCUCCCUCAGCACCGCGGGGGUUCCCAUCUCCUCUGGGGGCUCCCUUGGCCUGGGCGGGUCAGGCCUGUGUCUGCCUUUCUCCCGCUGCGGGCAGAUCUGCUGA